ACGAAAAAUUUAUUCGGAAAAUAAAUAAACCAAGAACCACUCAGCCGAGUCUUUCUGCGGCCCAUUUUCAGAGGGAGACCCGACUGGCCGAUUCAUGCUCUCACUGAACAACCGUCUCUAUAAAAUGAGUAAGAGGCCCAAAAGCGCACCACUUCCGCCGUCAACGCCACCCAACCCACAAACCCUACACCCUUUAAAAUCUCCAAAAUGGGCCCCACUCAAUCUCAGCCAGUCGGAGCUCUCCUUACCUCUGACAUUCCCCACCGGCCAAACCUUCCGUUGGAAACAAACAGCUCCUCUGCAGUAUACGGGGACUCUCGGGCCCCACCUCAUCUCCCUCAAACACCACGAAGACGCCGAUGUUUAUUAUUACAUCCACCACUCCCCAUCCGAGCCCGCCGCCAAAUCGGCUCUCCUCGAUUUUCUCAACGCGCGUAUUUCACUUGCCGAGCUCUGGGGGACCUUUUCGUCAUCCGAUUCUCGUUUUGCUGAGCUGGCGAAGUACUUGGCAGGUGCCCGGGUUUUGAGGCAGGACCCGGUUGAGUGUUUGGUUCAGUUUCUAUGUUCGUCUAAUAAUAAUAUUGGGAGGAUUACGAAAAUGGUAGACUUUAUGUCGGGUUUGGGGACGUAUUUGGGUGAAGUUGAGGGCUUUGAGUUCCAUGAGUUUCCAUCUUUGGAAAAAUUAGCCAUGGUUACCGAGGAUGAGCUCAGAAAGGCUGGUUUUGGUUACAGGGCCAAAUACAUCACUGGUACGGUAGAUGCUUUGCAAUCAAAACCAGGGGGAGGUGCAGAGUGGCUUAUGUCUCUUCGUAAAUUGAAACUUGAAGAGGCAAUUGAUGCUCUCUGCACUUUGCCUGGAGUUGGUCCCAAGGUGGCAGCAUGCAUAGCUCUCUUCUCUCUUGAUCAACAUCAUGCCAUUCCUGUUGAUACUCACGUCUGGCAGAUUGCUGCAAGAGACCUUCUUCCUGAGCUUGUGGGUGCCCGCCCAACACCUAAGCUAUGUUGCCGUGUGGCAGAGGCAUUUGUUAGCAAAUAUGGGAAAUAUGCAGGGUGGGCUCAGACACUACUUUUCAUUGCUGAACUACCUUCACAAAAAGCCAUCCUACCAUCAAAUUUUUGUACAAUCAAAGAGAAAAAAUCUGCUAAGAGAAAGGGUAGAGAACCAUGUGAUGGUAGCUAAACCUAUAAUUAACAUUAUUGAAACCAUAUUUCUGGAAACCCAGUGUUCGAGUUUAAUUCCCAUCCAAGAUUCUUAGUUGUUACGGUUCUUCAAGAUUAGUGGGAUUUGCACGGAUGAUUGCUGGGGCUGUACCAAACUGCAUGGUUCUUCUGUGUUGCUCUGAAGAUGUGCACAAGCCUUCUAGGUAUCUUUGGCUUGCUUCAUGUAUGCUGUACUAUUUCUUCAACAUAUCACUUUUCGUAUUAUUUUCUGUGUCUACAACUACGUAGGCUCGAUUAUUUUAAUCUAGAACAUAGAUUGCUUUAAGAGUACACACUGUCAUUUUUUUCCCUAUAAAAUUGAAUGUAAUUUUAUUUCCACAAAAUUGUAACUGGCCUUUUUCUCCAUUUGGUAAUAGAAAUCAUAUUGUUGCCAGAGAUAGGGAUGCACAUUUGGUGAUGUACUUUCCUACUUUUUGUAUCAUAGUCAAUGACAGUUUGCUUUACUCAUUUUAUUAAAUUACUUAAAUUUACCAGAUUCAUAUUUCAAAA